AUGCAGGCCUACUUUAACUUGAUAAUGAAUAAAACCUUCUUCUUCGGAGGACCCUUUUGUAUUAAAUAUGGCAUAAACAUGGUUUCGAACCCAGCCACUCUUAUGUACUCCCCCAUAUUUUUCAUUGGCUAUGGAGUUUGUUAUUCUGCCUAUGUAUACUUUGAAGGCUUGAGGAAUAGAAACCUAUCUGAGAUCAAUAUUUUGGCUUUGAGAGAAAUGUCUCUGCAAACAUAUGAGCAUCUAUUAUAUUUGGAUGCUGAAUUUCAUUUGAGCACUUCCUCGAGAUCUAACAUCUACUCCCUCUAUAAAGCACAGAAAGGAAUUGAGUCAAACUUGAGAUCAUUGAACUAAUAUUUCAUGCCUCUUUUAGCAGACAUUUCAUUAACAACUACCAUACUCUGUUUUAAUUUUGGAUGGCCAUUUUUUACAUCGUUUCUGGCCACAUUUGUUGCUUACUCGGCAUUCACAAUCCGCUAUUCAAAUUAUAGAAGAAAGAUUAUAUCACAAAGAAAGAAGCAAGAAAAAUUGGCUGACUUUACAAUAUCUCAGGCUUUGGAUAAUCUAUUCACAGUAAAAUAUUUUAGUGCAGAAAAAUACGAGUUAAAAAGAUACAACAACUUGCUAGAAAAAUUGCAACAAUCGUCAAUCGACACUUUCAGAACAUUAGCCACACUGAAUGCCAUCUAAAGAUUAAUACUCUCUAUAGGAUUGACAGUGAAUUUAGUCUUAGGAGUUAGUGGAGUCUAAGCUGGCAUAAUCACUCCAGGAGAUUUGAUACUUAUUUAAUCUUUAAUGCUUCAAUUGAUUCAACCCUUAUUUCUAUUGGGAACUAUGCAUAGAGAAUGGGUUGAAUCAGCAAUUGACAUGAAAGAUCUGCUUUAGAUAAUGACAAGAGUUCCCAAAAUCUAAGAUUUACCAGAUGCAAAGGAUUUCAUGUACAAAACAGGCUCAAUUAAUAUCCAAGAUAUCUCUUUUGAGCAUACAGAAAAUAAAUAAUUGUUUAAGAAUUUUAAUUUGCAAAUCAAAGGAGGGGAAUGGAUUGUGAUUGUGGGUGAAAGUGGAAUUGGAAAAUCUACAUUGUUUAAUUUAAUAUUCAGGUUGUUGGAUCCUUCUUAAGGAAAUAUUUCUAUUGAUGAUUAGAAUAUCAAGACUUUAAAGUUGGAAUCAUUUCGAAAGUAUUUUGGAAUUGUUGCAUAACAAUCGUACUUUUUUAAUGAUUCCAUCAAAAACAACCUUUUAUACGGUCUAGAUUUGAUUUAUGAUCUUACACCUGAGAUGAUCAAGUAGAAAGAAGAGGAGAUGAAAAGACUGUGUGCAUAAUUGAAAUUGUCUAAGUUGAUUGAAUCAUUGCCAAAUCAAUAUGACACUUAGAUGGGAGAUUAAGCAAAUAAAUUUUCUGGGGGUGAGAAAUAGAGGUUAUAAAUCGUAAGAUGUUUAUUGAGAGGAGCCAAAAUAUUAUUAUUGGAUGAACCUACAUCAGCUUUGGAUCAAAACAAUGAGUAAUUCUUCAUUGAAACCUUGGAAUAAGUGUUAAAGAUUCAAGAUCUGACAGUUUUGAUCAUUACUCAUAGAUUGCAUUUGACUAAAGUAGCAGACAAGAUUCUGUAUCUGGGGAAGAAUUGUCAAUACGAAUAUGGAACUCACGAUGAAUUGAUUAAGAACCACCAGUCUUAUAACAAGUAUUGGGAAGAGUAUUAGAAAUAAUGA